AUGAGCCUCGGUACGUACGUGAAUUAUACUCAUAUGAAUGCGCGCCAGUGGGAAUAGAACCGCAGACUCGUGGCUUUGGUGUUAGUGCCUUGCUAAACUGCACUGCUCCGUGCAGGCCCUACCCCGGUGGGCGUGAGUAAACGGCCCCAGCCCUCUCUAAAUAUAACUCCCCUCCAAAAAAGAAAGAAAGAGAUAGAGAAGGAGGGAAAGGAAUACUCACCCAAUCAGAUGUUGUCUGAAAACUUGUCAUAGAAGAGCCCCCCUACUUUUUGGGAUACAGUGUGUUUGUUUCAUACCGUUUUGAUCCACUUUGUGGCCACGGGUGGUACUGGUGGAGCGCACAGCGGGAGGCGCAUUGUCUGUAUGCAAACUGGACGACAUGGCCAUUGUAUGCGUUUGGGCAUAUAUGGAGGAACGGAUGACUCGGAGGAUACAGCCCGUCUGAAGUCUCAGGAGUGGAAAGUUGUGUGUGCGUUUUUUCCCUUGGGCUUUCUCAGUCUUAUUAAGCGCUCUGCUCCGUCGCUAUGAGCUGCCUGGAUGUGAUGUACCAUCAAAGCUAUGGAGCGCACUACCUCCCUGCUGCGGCUUACAAGGCGACGUACUACAACCACCAUCACCAACAGCAACAGAGAAGGCUGAGUGUUUACAGUAAGAUCCAGGAGUGUAUGGAGCAGCAACAGCAGCAACAGCAGCAGCAAGGUGGAGGGAGAGGGAUGCUUUCCAGGGAUCAGGGCCUCCGACAGGGUCCUGCAGCCCCAGGGACCGAAUCGGGCCGGAGAUCCACGUCCCAUUCAGAGCUGAAGGAUGGUACUCAGCCAACAGAGGCAGAGUACUUGAGCUCCCGCUGUGUUUUGUUCACCUACUUCGAGGGCGACAUCGGCGACGUUGUAGAUGAGCACUUCUCCCGGGCUCUCAGUCAGUCCGGCACCUUCAACAGUGAGACCAAGCCGAUCAGAGUGACUCAGUCAUCAACUUCAGCCACCGCCGGCUUCUGGAAAGAUGGUGGCCCUCUCUCUGAGAGUCAGAGCAGCUCAGUGUGGAACAGCACCUAUCCACCCCAGGCCACUUCUUGCCUCCCAUCUGUCUCGGGGCACCCAGACUUCUCCUCAAGCCCUGUUUCCUUCAGCCACCCAGAUGGAGCUUUGUGGGCGGACCAUGUGCUCUCGCAGGGCAGCCUCGCACCUCCGGCUACCCUUCCGGAUAGCUGGACCUAUGGCCUGAACCCACAGAGCACAAGUGGCUACCCCAAUGUUCACUACCAUCCCCACCCCCACCCCCACAUUCACCCCCGGCACCACCACCCCAUGCUCCACUCAUACUCGACCCACAGCCCAGCAUUGGAUCCCAGGUUUAAUCCUUUGCUGCUGCCCGGUGUUAGGAACCAGAACCAGCCGACUGCCAGCACAGGGAGUUCCCCACACAGCGAGGGGGUGAAGACAGAGAUGGACCCCAGUAGUAACUGCACCGUCACAGCUACCCCUGUCACCUGGACCCCUUCGCCCCUCCAUGGAUCCCUGGAGGUGUAUGACUCAGCUCUUGACCAGACCAAAGCAAAGACGUCAGUUUGGUUCUAAAUGAUGUUCUGAGAAUAUGAAGGAAUAUCAAUUCACACCAAAAAGGACUUACUAUGUGGCUCUAUCAGUGUACGGCUGCAACACCAGCACUGCCAUGUAUGAUGCAGGUAGAAGGCUUACUGUAGCUGAAACUGUGAGUGCUGCACUGUCCACACAACUAAUUAUGGAUAUGAACUCAGGCUUUGGACUUAAAUGACAGUGAUGUACCACUUUGGCUGCAGGUCAAGGCCCUUCACAAAUGAUACAGACAGACGACAACUAGCUUUAACAAACUGAGGCCUCUUCUUUGUCUUUUUCAUGCAAUGUGAGACCAAGUGGUUCUGUUUCAAGAGCUUGAUUUUGAUCCACAUUUUCUUUUGUACAGUAAAUGUUUGCUUAUGACUGUAAAUGUGUGUGUGUGUGUGUGUGUGUGUGUGUGUGUGUAGAGUUUUGCCAUGCUAAGCUGUUGUUUGCUGGGUGACCCCUGCUAAAAUGCCCAAAUGCUACUUUACCAUUUUGCCUUUGGAGGUUGUGUAAUGUAAAUAUUGGAACUGUAUGUAUGUUAAGUAAUAAAUUGCUGAAAAGUAGUAACGAAUGAAGGUUCUUUUUGGAUUUGGUUUGACACAUUUCCCUUCAAAAUAUGUAGAAUUCAAGUAAAAUAUUCACUUCCAACUAUACCUUCUAUGUUAUAGGGUUUAUGGAGCCAAUUGCUCCACAUGUAUGUGAAAAUCUGUUUAUUACCAUAUAAAAAUUCAUUCAGUUCAGUUCAAGAAAAGUUGUCACAAAGACACCCCACUAAAUGAUAGGUGCCUCUUGUAAAAUCAAGAACAGUCGGUCUUUUAAGUCAGUCAACCUCAGUCAACUACUGUUAUUUUAAAAUCAAAAUGGUUGAAUGUUUCUGGUCAGACAGUCAGAUGUCUUCUUGU